CCAUGGCGUCUAGACUUCUGAACUGACGCGCUGCCGCACGGCCUGAACUGACGCGCUGGGGCACGCUCAGCCCGACCAGAGGAUGUUAUCUGCCCUCCUGCGACCCUUCUUCAAGGGCAGCAGCUCGCGAGCUGAGGACCACGCCGACCUCGAACAGGACAUUGUCUUCCGACCAUCGAUUGCAGAAUACCACCGGCACCUUCACGCCACGGCCGAUUUUACCGAGGCAGACGACGAUGACGAGGAAUCUGUUGACGGUGAACAGUCCCGCCCCGCGCGAGGGACCCGCACCGAGGAGGACGAGGAUGGCCUCGCUCGGUCUGCCGGCCUCCUGCCUCUGUUCACCGCUGAUCAUCUAGAUUCACUACCUGUCUACAGCCUGACCCACGCGAUUCGCAGCAUUGUCCAAGCGAGGACCGAGGCCACGUUAUCUUUGGAACAGUUGAGGUCUCUGCAGGUGUUUCAGUUCCUGAUCAAGCCGAUGUUGCAACAGAUUCGAGCCCAGCACUUCUCGCCCGCCACCCUCUACGCCUUGCUGGCGAAUUGCCUACAGUUUAAGAAGGAGGGCCAGACGUAUCCCGGAACCGCGGGCACGAGUGGCACCAGAGCAAGGGUCUGCGAGCUGCUGGCCAUCAAGUUGCUCAAGGAGUAUACCACGCGGGAGCUCGUCGAUGCGCUCUGCUAUGACUUCUACCCCCUCCAGGGCAUUCCAGGUUCACAGACACCCCUCAUCCCAGGGAGCCGGCCCGAGGCGGCCGCUCUCCGGACCUCGACCUUGGAACUCGCCGUCCGGGCUGCCGCCAAGCAUUUUCUGUCUCACCCUCUCGUGGUACUGCAACUCGAGGCCAUCUGGAACGGCGCCAUCAGCUUCCUUCCCAACCGGGAGGAUCCCCCGAGCCGUGCCUCCGCCUCGGGCGCUGCCGGGAGCAACCAAUCUCGCCGCCAGAGCACUGUUCGUACGCCGCUGCUAGGUGAACAGCGGACAAAAGAGGAGCCUGCCCGCUUCUCGGCGCCCCCUGGCCGGCGUUCUGUGGUCCUUUACGACCCGCGCACCGCCUCACCGUUCAAGCUGUCCCGGCUAAGGGUUCCCCGCUACCGGCGGAUCAUCUCUAUUUGCUCUUUGGCUGUCUUGAUCUUCCUGUUCCUCGCCGUUCUCGGCCAGAGGUCGACCAGGAUCACCUCGCUGGAGCUGCUGUUCUGGUUCUGGAGCGCCGGCUGCAUGCUGGAUGAGAUCGUCGGCUUCAGCGAGCAGGGCGUCUCGUUCUACGUGAUGAACUUGUGGAACAUCUUCGACCUGGGUAUCUUGCUGCUGCUGAUCGUCUACUACUGUAUGCGCAUUUAUGGCGUGUUCCUUCUCGACCCUCACCGGUGGAACCAGAACGCCUACGAUGUCCUGGCCGUCAACGCCAUCCUCCUGCUGCCCAGGAUAUUCAGCGUCCUGGACCAUUGCCGCUACUUCUCCCGGCUGCUGAUCGCUCUCCGACUGCUAGCAGUAGACCUGGCGGCCGUGUUCGCUCUCAGCUUGAUCUGCUGUAGCGGCUUUUUCGUUUUCUUCGUAUUCUCUAAUAGCCCCGACGACCCUUUCGCGCUGGCAUACAGGAUGUUUCAGAUCUUCGUUGGCUUUACGCCGUUUGCCUGGGAGAUGUGGCCGUCGUACAACUGGAUGGGCAAAAUCCUCAUGGGCUUGUUCCUCGUCAUCAGCCAUUUCAUCAUUCUUACCAUGUUCAUCACGGUCUUGACCAACUCGUUCAUGUCGAUUGCCCCGAGAGCUUGCCAGGAGUACCAGUUUACGUUUGCUAUCAAUACCAUAUCGAUGGCGAAGAACGACGCUCUCUUCUCGUACGUCGCUCCGGGAAACAUCUUCGCGUGGGCUCUCAUGCCCCUGAAAUUCUGCAUCUCGCAAGAGCGGUAUGUCCGGCUCAACCGUGCAGCAAUCAAGGUCACCCAUUUCCCGCUGCUUUUGUGCAUCUACCUGUACGAGAGAUAUUUCCUGGCGCCCGACAUGUAUGAACCGACGGACCUGGUUGAUAAACCUCACCGUGGUCGCCAGCAUCCGUUUGCAGACCCGGCCAGCAGGUCGGUCUUUAUCGGUCCUAGUAUUCGCGUUCGUGAACAAUCGGUGCUUGGAUACCAUAAAGACCGGGCUCUGGAGGAGGUCUUCCGACUCGCCCCUGACAUGCGGACGCAGCGGCGGAAUGAUCGCCGAACAACCCAGACCGCGAUUCGGACUCGGAUGGAUCAGCACGAUGCCGGAUUUAACUCUCCCAAGAACUACUCGACCGUUGACAGCAGGGUAGGAAGCCACUGGUACAGGAGGCCGAGUAUGAAUCGCGGGGGGCCCUCCAGGUUCUCGAAGCACUACUCCGACGUCAGGUCCGCGGCCAGCGAUCCUGCAGACUUGAUCUUGGAUGCCCCUUUCCCUCCUCUUCCGAUGGCAACGGACUUGUACAAUGAUGGGAUUGCACGGAGCGACUAUGCCUUCGAUACAAAGGAUAUCAACACGGAUGGGGAUGCGGAUGGGGACGACGAACUAGUCACGAACGACGAAGAGGAGGACAAUGCGACCAACACAUUAGAUGAGAGUGGAGUGGCUGGGGAAGCGGCUAUCGACGAGGACUACUUCACUACCCCGAUCACGGCUCGAUUCACGAGUAGUGCCGAACUCGCCACCGACUCCCCUCGACCAGCCACGUCUCGACGGGUGCCGCUUCACACCCGAACCUUGUCCACCAACACGAUCCUCUACGCGCCGAAGGAGGACACCCGGCCGGGCAGCUCGUCGUCCGCUUCGGCCUGGCCUGUGUCUCGACCCUUUUCCCGCCCCAUCAGCACCCGCCCCACCCCCGUCGCAACGCCCACGCGAGCCGACGGCCGCCGUUCCCCGCGCCGCUCGCUCUACCUCGCCUCCCGUCCGCGCUCGAUGAUCGAGCCAGGCGACAUCACGGCACCCCGCACAGCGCCGUCGUCCAACCGGGCAAGCUUGACCUUGGAGAUCCCCACGAACGCCAGCUCUAACCCCCAAGCCCGCCGGCGCUCUCUAGCCCACCACCUCCUCGACGACGACAUGCUCGGAGCGCUCGAUGACGACACCAACGCCCUAAGCGCACCGCCCAGCAUCACCGCUCAUAACCACAACAGGAACAACGGCGACAGCAGCGGCAGCGGCAGCAGCAGCCGCAUCACCAAGCUGAUGCUCGCCAAGAUGAAGACGCUCGAGGACAGCCUGGGCGACAUGGCGCGCGAGAUGCGCACGCUGCGCCGCCGGCGGUCGGCGCACGAUGUUUUGGACAGAGCCGCCGUUGUUACCGGCGAUGGCCGUGGCAGUGACGAUGUUGCGGCGACGAAGGUUUGGGGUAGGCACCAGCACCACCAACAUUACCACCACCACCACCACCACCACCACCAGCAUCAGGAUCGGCACCAGCUGCAUCACCGGACACGUAUCUCACCCGGGUCGGAUCCAACGUCCGUUUCGGGACCAGGACCCGGACCGGGUGCGCAGGCGAUGAUUGAAGUCGCUGUUGCGCAAAGCAGGGACCGCGACCGGGACCGGGACCGGGCCAGCGCAUCUGGGAUUGGUGGCGUCGCCGGGCCGAGGAAGUCGCGAGCGGCGACCGCGGCUACGCCGAGGAGGGUCAUAGUACCGGGGAGGAGACCGGGGGUCUGGCGGAGUCCGCGCGAGGACAGGGAAGGAACCGCUGGUGCGUCAGGUUUGGGGAUUACGGACACUAUUGGCGGCGGCGGUGGUGGUGACAGUAGGGCGAAGUGGAAGGAACGGGAACGGGCUGCGGGAGCGGGCGGUGAGGAGGGCGUCCGUCCAAGCAUGUCCCCUGGGAAAGAAGAGUUGGUGGUCUUGGCGAAGCGGCUGUCUCUGUGAGGCGGGUGUGCAGAGUUGUUGCACCUCCGCUCUACUCAGACAGGUUGCGUUGUGGGAGACGGGGUUUCCCAGUUGCGGUUGAUUCCCGGCGCAUGGCACGGGCUG